CUGAUCCACACUCCAUCUUCUUCUUCCUCACACCUCCCCCCAUCUCUCUCUCUCUCUCUCUCUUCAGCCAUUGAACGAAUCCUCCAAAUCCAAUUCGUUUUCUUCAUCUUCAGUCAGUGUUCUUCACUUUCUCUCUCCAAAAUCAUCGCCACUGAUUCAGAAUCUUAUUCUCCUGGGCGUUCGAACCAACUCUUCCUUUGCUCGGCCAUUGAUUCACUGUGUUUUUCUCUUGUGUUUUAUCUUCCUUUGGGGUACUUUUUUGUUUCAUUUCCUUCUUCUUCGCCUCUUUCUGAUUUGAUCACAGGAUUUACGGGUUCGUUCCGUCAUUUUCAAUCCAGCUCAGAUUCAACCCCAUUUUUUUUUUGUCCGACUCUGUUUCAGAGGUUGAGUUUGAGAUUGUUUAGCUGAAGUGAUGGUGGUGGAGCUUCAUUAGUUAGUGGAGCUUCUGAUUCCGCUUAAUUUUGGGUUUCUGUACUUAUAAUUAUCGGCAUUGCUAUUCAACUUGAGGUUGAUCGGAUUAUUGUCUUAUGCUUGGUAAACUUAGUACGAGUUUUGCUGACUUUGUUCUUCCUGGUUUUCAAAGGUUUGAGAUCCAAAGGACGGUUGUUUUGCGAUGGAAUCAGCGCAAUCGCAGCAGAGAAAAGGAGGAUUAGUGCCGAUAUCGCCAUCUCAAACUCCUCGUUCGAACGACAAGGCGGCUCGAGAUCUACGAUCUGGGGAUUCGAAUUUGAGUAAUAAGCAUGAUAAAGAAAAGGGUGUUAAUGUGCAGGUUAUUGUGCGUUGCAGGCCAUUGAGUGAUGAUGAAAGUCGAUUGCAUACUCCGGUGGUUGUAUCCUGCCAUGAAAGUAGAAGAGAAGUCUCUGCAAUCCAGACUAUAGCCAACAAGCAGAUUGAUAGAACAUUUGCAUUUGAUAAGGUGUUUGGCCCUGCAUCUCAACAAAGGGAAUUGUACGAACUGGCUGUGUCUCCUAUUGUAUAUGAAGUUCUUGAGGGUUAUAACUGUACUAUCUUCGCGUAUGGUCAAACAGGAACUGGAAAAACAUACACCAUGGAAGGUGGAGCAAGGAAAAAGAAUGGAGAAUUUCCAAGCGAUGCUGGUGUAAUUCCUAGAGCUGUGAAACAAAUUUUUGAUAUUUUGGAAUCCCAAAAUGCGGAGUAUAACAUGAAAGUUACGUUUCUGGAGCUAUACAAUGAAGAGAUUACAGAUCUUUUGGCCCCUGAAGAGACUUCAAAGUUCAUUGAUGAAAAGUCCAAGAAACCAAUUGCUCUCAUGGAAGAUGGAAAAGGGGGUGUUUUUGUGAGAGGUUUGGAAGAAGAGAUAGUCUGUUCUGCAAAUGAAAUAUAUAAAAUCUUGGAGCGGGGAUCGGCGAAAAGGCGUACGGCAGAGACACUUCUGAAUAAACAAAGCAGUCGGUCCCAUUCCAUAUUUUCCAUCACAAUUCACAUUAAAGAGUGCACUCCAGAGGGAGAGGAGAUGAUAAAAUGUGGAAAGCUCAAUCUUGUUGAUCUUGCUGGCUCAGAGAAUAUUUCACGUUCUGGUGCACGAGAGGGUAGAGCAAGAGAAGCUGGGGAGAUAAACAAAAGUUUGCUGACACUUGGGCGUGUUAUCAAUGCCCUGGUAGAGCACUCGGGUCAUGUUCCAUAUAGGGAUAGUAAAUUAACAAGAUUGUUGAGGGAUUCGUUGGGAGGUAAAACAAAGACUUGCAUCAUUGCUACAAUAUCACCCUCUAUCCACUGUCUGGAAGAAACACUCAGUACACUUGAUUAUGCACACCGUGCCAAAAACAUAAAGAACAAACCAGAGAUUAACCAGAAGAUGAUGAAAUCUGCUUUGAUCAAAGAUUUAUAUUCUGAAAUUGAUCGGCUUAAACAAGAGGUAUAUGCCGCAAGGGAGAAGAAUGGAAUCUAUAUACCACGUGAUCGUUACCUUAAUGAGGAAGCUGAGAAGAAGGCUAUGGCUGAAAAAAUAGAACGAAUGGAACUCGAUUCAGAAUCGAAGGACAAGCAAGUGAUGGAGCUUCAGGAGCUUUAUGAUUCUCAGCAACUUUUGACAGAAGAAUUAAGCGGUAAAUUAGAUAGAACAGAGAAAAAGCUCGAGGAAACUGAACAUGCUUUCUUUGAUCUUGAGGAGAAACACCGCCAAGCAAAUGCAACAAUAAAAGAAAAGGAAUUUCUGAUAGUUAAUCUUCUCAAGUCUGAGAAAGCACUUAUUGAGCGUGCAUUUGAGUUGCGAGCAGAGCUGGAAAAUGCUGCAUCAGAUGUGUCGGGUUUAUUUGACAAAAUUGAGCGCAAGGAUAAAAUUGAAGAUAGAAACAAAUUACUUGUCAAGAAAUUCCAAUUUCAAUUAACACAGCAGCUGGAGUUAUUGCAUAAAACUGUAGCUGCUUCAGUUACCCAACAAGAGCAGCAACUGAGGGACAUGGAGGAAGACAUGCAAUCUUUUGUUUCAACAAAGGCUAAGGCUACUGAAGAACUUAGAGAACGGAUUGGGAAUCUGAAAGAAACGUGUGGUUCUCGAGUUAAAGCUCUGAAUGAUAUAACUGGAGAGCUUGAAGGAAACUUUCAAUCAACCUUUGGUGAUAUAAAUUCUGAAGUUUCAAAGCAUUCAUCUGCUCUUGAAAACCUUUUCAAUGGUGUUGCUUCAGAAGCUGAGGCAUUGCUCAGUGAUCUUCAAAAUAGCCUUCACAAGCAGGAAGAGAAGCUGACUGCAUAUGCUCAAAAGCAGCAUCAGGCACAUGCUAGAGCAGUGGAAACCACACGCUCAGUUUCCAAAAUUACCUCAAACUUCAUAGAGACUAUGGAUAUGCAUGCGUCGAAGCUCACCCACAUUGUGGAAGAUGCGCAAUCAGUCAAUGAACAGAAAUUGUCCGAACUUGAAAAGAAAUUUGAGGAGUGUGCUGCCAAUGAAGAAAAACAACUGCUGGCAAAAGUGGCUGAGUUGCUAGCAAGUUCAAAUGCGAGAAAGAAACAAUUGGUUCAAACAGCUAUCAGUGACCUGCGGGAGAGUGCUACAAGCAAAACCAACAUGCUGCAGCAGGAGAUGUCCACCAUGCAGGAGUGUACUUCUUCAGUGAAAACUGAAUGGGCGUUGCACCUGGAAAAAGCAGAGUCACACUACCACGAAGAUACUUCUGCUGUUGAACACGGAAAGAGAGACAUGGAGGAGGUUUUUCAAAAUUGCUUGAACAAGGCAAAAAUGGGUGCUCAACAAUGGAGGACUGCUCAAGAAUCCUUACUCAGUUUGGAAAACAACAGUGUUGCUUCUGUGGACUCCAUUUUUCGAAAUGGAACGGAAUCGAAUCAAGCGCUAUGUUCUCGAUUUUCCUCCUCUGCAUCUGCUGCUCUUGAAGAUGUUGAUAAUGCAAACAAGAACCUCCUCUCAUCUAUUGAUCAUUCGUUAGAACUCGACAACGAAGCAUGUGGAAAUCUCAAUUCAAUGAUUACUCCUUGUUGUGGGGAGCUAAGAGAUUUGAAAGGUGGCCACUACCACAAGAUAGUAGAGAUCACAGAACAUGCAGGAACAUGUCUGCUGACAGAUUACACGGUUGAUGAACCAUCAUGUUCAACACCAAGAAAGCGACCAUUCAACUUGCCAAGCAUGGCAUCGAUUGAAGAACUUCGAACACCAGCGUUUGAUGAGCUUCUCAAGUCAUUCUGGGAUUUGAAAUACUCAAAGCAAUCAAAUGGAGAUGUAAAACAUUUAGCAGGAGCACAUGAAGCCACACAAUCAGUAAGAGACUCUAGACUUCCUCUCACUGCUAUAAAUUAAGGCUCAUAUAUGUCUUGAAAAGAUAAUAGAGAAGAGACUGGCGAUCUGUAUGUAUAUAUAUAGGUUCAUGUAUGUCUUUGAGGGCAGUACUGCAUUCAUUAAUUUUCUUCUUCUUCUUCUUCUUCUUCUUCCACUUUUUCUUAGCAAAAAUGAGAAGAAAUAUACCUUUUGAAGGCAGGAAAUCAGGUUUUCCCCCAAUUUAGUAACUAGUUUGUGCUACUUACCUGUUGAUAAUGUGUUUUUUGUUUAGAAAAAUAUACAUGUUCUUCCACAUCCUUGACGGAUCCAUUA